ACGCACGCGCCUACUCCCAUUCCACUCCCUCCGCCGCGGCGGCCGUGAUGGAUUCGCUGCGCCUCCGGCCGUCGCUCCUCGCCGCGCGGCCCGGGACGGCGGCGGCGGCGCCACCGCCGGCUCUCCCGCGACGAGGUCAUUUUCUACCACCAUUAUGUUCUAUCCACCCAAAUGGUAAAGGGCUUGAUUCUUUGUCCAGCCAAAGGGCCCAGGGGCUUACCUUGGAUCAAUAUCAGAAAUUAUUCGGUUGGAAAUCCUCCUACCACAGGAUACCACAUCGACCAACAGCUAGUUCUGCUGAUGCUUCUGGACAACCAUUCCAUUCUGGAGCUGAAGCACGUGAUUCGGCAAGCAUAUGGAAGCCAAUAUCAUCUUCUCUGGAUGCAUUUUACAGGUUUUCUCGGCCGCAUACUGUCAUAGGAACAGCGCUUAGCAUAGUCUCAGUUUCACUACUAGCUGUUGAGAGUUUGUCCGAUAUGUCUCCCUUGUUCCUCACUGGUUUACUGGAGGCAGUGGUAGCAGCUCUUUUCAUGAACAUCUAUAUUGUUGGUUUGAAUCAGUUGUUUGACAUAGAGAUAGACAAGGUUAACAAGCCAACUCUUCCAUUAGCAUCUGGGGAAUAUUCUCCUGCGACUGGAGUUGCACUGGUGUCAGCCUUUGCUGUUAUGAGCUUUGGCCUUGGAUGGGCUGUUGGAUCACGGCCUCUGUUCCUGGCACUUUUCAUUAGCUUUAUUCUUGGAACAGCAUAUUCGAUCAAUCUGCCAUUCUUGAGAUGGAAGAGAUCUGCUGUUGUUGCAGCACUUUGCAUAUUAGCAGUCCGUGCAGUGAUUGUUCAGCUGGCAUUUUUUCUCCACAUUCAGACAUUUGUUUUCGGAAGACCAGCAGUCUUUUCCAGACCAUUGAUUUUUGCAACUGCAUUCAUGACCUUUUUCUCAGUUGUAAUAGCACUAUUCAAGGAUAUACCUGAUAUUGAAGGAGACCGUAUUUUUGGUAUUCGAUCUUUCAGUGUUCGGUUAGGUCAAAAGAAGGUUUUCUGGAUUUGUGUUGGUCUACUUGAGAUGGCUUAUUGUGUUGCAAUAUUGAUGGGAGCUACUUCUGCCUGUUUGUGGAGCAGAUACGCAACUGUGUUGGGGCAUGCAGUCCUUGCUGCAAUCUUAUGGAACCGUUCGCGAUCACUUGAUUUGACCAGCAAAACUGCAAUCACUUCUUUUUACAUGUUUAUCUGGAAGCUGUUCUACGCGGAAUAUCUCCUCAUUCCUCUUGUAAGAUGACGAAGACGACAAAGUUGAUUACUCCAGGGACAGAUUAGAUUGGAAUCGCGUCAUGGAUGGAUGAACGGACGGCGUCCCAUAAAAUCACCUGCAAACCACCCGGUACUAAUGUUGACAUCCCUGCAUCCAGAUAUGAUGGAUCAUCGUCGGCAUCAUCAUUCCUCUGGAAGAUCUCGCACGGCCGUUUCAACCUCCAACUCCCCGACGUACUACCCAAAAAAGCAACUAGGCCAGGUGAGCAGCUGCUAGCCUGUAGUAGACGUUACUGGAACAGUAGUUAGUACUUGUAGCAGCAGCAGUAAUAAUAAUAAUAGCUCUGGGUUACUAUCAGCUCAGCUCUCCUAGUAGAUUCUUGAAGAAAGAAAAAAAAUAAAAUCCAGGCUUCAAUUUCCACCGUAGGAGCUACCCCUGGCCAAAAUAUAAACAUUUUUUCCGUAGAAAUGGUUAUAUUUUGAAACGAAAGUAGUACCAGUUACGCUUCAUUCCUUUGUAUAAAUACCUCCACAAGACAACCGCUACCAUCCACCGCCAUAUGACCGUGCGUGCGACACGUACGUUGUCGUGCA